AUGGAGUUGGAACCUAAUGGAGCAGUUGAGUUGGUCGCUUUGUCACUAAUAUCGUAUAUUGAUACAAAUUUCUUCCCGUUAAAAACCCACAGAAGAAUCCCCUCCUUAAACACAGAUUUCAUCGUUUCUCCUCAUAAGUCUUCUCCGAAGCCCAAGUUUUGUUCAAUUUUCCAUUCCUUCUCUCCUCUAGUUAAAUUCUCCCAAUCAACUACAACUUCUGCUGCAAAUUCCAAUAAUUUUUUUUUAGAAUCUGAUAAUAAUGAGAUUCUUCUACCACAUGUAGAUGAACCCAAACAGGCAAUUAAAUUUGUUUUCUGGGUUUUGGUUUGUACUUCAGUUUCACUUGUUUUAACAGCAACUUUUGGAGGAGAUAGUGCUCGUGCUGCUUCAGCUGAUUCUAUUAGAGCUUCAAGUUUUGGUUUGAAAGUAGCUAAUUUUUUAAGAGGUUCUGGUUGGUCUGAUGAGGUGAUUGUAUUUGCCCUAGCUACACUUCCUCUUGUUGAGCUUCGUGGUGCUAUUCCUGUUGGUUAUUGGUUGCAGCUCAAACCUCUCCUUCUAACUGUCUUAUCUGUUCUUGGCAACAUGGUUCCAGUGCCCAUUAUUCUACUCUACUUGAAGAAAUUUGAAAAGUAUCUGGCUAGGAGCAGUCCUACUGCCUCACGAUACCUAGAGCUGUUUUUCAAAAAUGCAAGAGCAAAGGCUGGUCCUAUUGAAGAGUUUCAGUGGUUAGGAUUGAUGUUGUUUGUGGCUGUACCGUUUCCUGGAACCGGGGCAUGGACAGGUGCAGUUAUUGCAUCAUUGUUCGAUAUGCCAUUCUGGUCUGCUGUGUCGGCAAAUUUCUGUGGCGUUGUUUUAGCUGGCCUUCUGGUAAAUUUACUUGUUAACCUUGGCCUCAAGUAUGCUGUUGUAACUGGUUCGAUUCUCUUCUUUGUUUCUACAUUCAUGUGGAGUAUACUUAGGUAUCUUAAGAAACCUAAAUUGAGUUCGUCAAACUGAUGUACAUCUUAUCAGUAGAUGACGGAGCAAGCACAUUUUACAUAGCAAAACUUUUCCUAUAAGACAUUUUAUCUGGGAACACUUGUUUAUGGAGAGGUUUGUGAAUUUAUUGAAAUGAGGUUAUUAGAGAAUAGCAGAUAACAAUCCUAUUCCAGAUUGUAUACAUGUU